UUUCUCUGACAGUAAAUUUAGAUGCCUUUAGCAUUUGUUAGCAACCCAGAAGGUUUUUAUAAUCGUAUCAAACAUUGAAAUAUAAUAUAUGUAUAUAUGUUUAUAAUAUAUAUAUACACGUACAUUUAUAUAUAUAAAACAUACAUAAAUAUUAAUAUAUAAAGACGCAAAAAUGUUUCCCGCUGGUUUGUUUCUACGCACACAAGCCUCAAUUCCAAAUUACGCACGUUACUCAGAGUCGAAGAGCAGUUUACCUACGAAUGUAUUUCUGCUGGGCGGCGGUCUCGGUAAGUUGCAAGGUGGCAUCAAGGAAGAAGAAUACUUUAGCUCGAUCAAUCAUGGAUUAAUGUCCAAUAUACGCAAACAUAUUGAGUCCUCGAAGACCGCAGACUAUAUGCGCAAAUACGAGGAGUAUCAACGUACAUUAGAUCAUGCUGCUCUCUAUAAUACAACUUGUAUAAACAAAUACAAGGAUAUACAUGAAGAGGCAUUCUUCUUGAAUGAGAGCACCGAAUGUUUAAAGGUUUUGCAUAAUCGUGGAAAGGACGAUCCCAUCGAUGACGAUGAAUCAUAGGCAAAGUAAUUAAUUGGCAAAUCCAAAUGAAUGUUCAAAAAUACCAAGGAAAAUUAGAAAAACAAAGUAAUAUCCAAAAAACAUUCUCGUCAUUUUCAACUGAUUUGGACGCAAUUUCUUGUUGUUUCUCGUUUCGUAUGCAAAUUGUGUUGGAAUGCUCUGAACUAGGCAGCAGAGCAGUAUUUUCAAUUCACAAUUCAAAUUUUUUCCUCGUUUAAAUUCGGAAGUCUUACAACAAGUUGGCAGACCCCGCGCAAUGCACAAGCAGCUGAGAUUUUCAUAAUACCAUGAAAUAAAGAGCAACGAUCAUUCAUCGUAUAUUACUACUUAAAACAUAUAUAUAUAUAUAUAUA